CGAAAUUGUUGACAGAGAACGAGUGCUACGCGGGCCCUGAACCGAGAUAGCGAAUGACAAUGAAUAUACUUUCUGCAUUCUGUUGACCCGUGAAUAACACAUUGUUCUUUGUCGCCACAUCCUUGACACAGUCAAGUAUGAAGUAAGGGAUAAUUGCCCAGACAGCAAAGAAACUAGAGCAACAGCUUCGUGUUGAACUGUUCACACCAUGUCGAAUUCCAAGGGACUUGAACUUCGCCACUCAUGGCUGUAUCCCUCAGAUCACGCAUAGAAAUCGUGUUCCUAAUGACAUCACCGUAUGGAGUGCACAAUUUUGUCUAGACAAGCUGGAAACCCUGGGUAGUAGGCCCUAUAUCAUGCCGUGAAAGACUUAACUGGGUAGGAGUAGGCAUGGUAGGCGAUUCUGGAUUAAAUGCUUAGAGUGGAGUCUCAGCAGCCAUAGCUAUUCCAUCGCCAGCUACCGUAUUAAGCACUUUGACUUCCAUCGUCAACAUGGCAGGCAGUCCGCCCUUACCGGAGCUAGACCUUCAGACAGGCCUUCCCCGGGCCCAGGGGCUGUACGACCCACUGCUGGAGAAAGACGCCUGCGGGGUGGGGUUCAUUGUCAACAUACACGGCAUCAAGUCUAAAAAAAUUCUUGAGGAUGCUAUGACCAUGUUGUGUCGAAUGAAGCAUCGCGGGGCAUGCAGCGGUGACAAUGACACGGGUGACGGCGCUGGUGUCAUGACUGCCAUCCCCCACAAGUUAUACGCCCGUGUUCUCAGAGAGAAGCAGGGUGUUAAUCUCCCUGGGCCAAACCAUUACGCCACGGGGAUGAUCUUUUUGGACAAGGACACCUCCCAUCAGUGCGAAAAGCUCUUUAGCGAAAUAGCAUCAGAGUGCAAAUUGAAGGUUCUUUGCUGGCGCACAGUUCCCCAUAACAGCCGUGUGAUUGGUCCCAUAGCAAAGUCAAGAGAGCCUUACAUUCGUCAGGUGUUUGUUACUGGAGAAACAGAUGGCAACGAGUUUCGGAGACAGGUUUUUGCUUUGCGUAAGCAAGCUACCCAUACUGUUCCAAAGCAGGGGUACCGUUUUUACAUCUGUAACCUGUCCGUGGACACUAUCAUUUACAAGGGAAUGUUUACACCUCCGCAGCUUUUUGAGUACUUCACUGACUUCAAGGAGGCAGAUUAUGAGACUCACUUGGCUCAUGUCCACAGCCGCUUCUCCACAAACACGUUUCCAAGUUGGGAGAGGGCCCAUCCCAUGAGAUACAUAUCUCACAAUGGAGAGAUCAACUCGUUGCGAGGUAACAGCAACCUGAUGAACGCUCGCGAGGGUGUCAUGUGCAGCACGGUCUACGGUGACCAGCUCAAAAAACUUUACCCUGUGGUGGAGAGUGGCAUGUCAGACUCGGGACAAUUUGAUAACGUGCUGGAGUUCUUGAUCAUGGCCGGUGGGAGGAGCCUUCCGGAGGCCAUCAUGACUAUGGUUCCUGAGGCAUGGCAUAAAGAUCAUCUGAUGCAUCCAGACAAGAGAGACUUCUAUCAGUGGGCUGCCUUUGCCAUGGAACCCUGGGAUGGACCAGCCUUGUUCACAUUCUCUGACGGUCGUUACAUCGGCGCCAUUCUUGACCGGAAUGGCCUGCGUCCAUCGCGUUACUAUAUCACUAAGUCAGGCUUCAUGAUCAUGGGCAGCGAGGUGGGAGUCGUGGACGUACCUCACGCUGACGUAGCUCAGAAGGGUCGUCUUAAGCCAGGUCGAAUGCUAUUGGUUGACACGGUUGUCGGGGAGGUUACCAAGGACGAGGAGCUGAAGUUGAGAAUUGCCAAGCAACGGCCUGUUGGCACCUGGCUGCGAGAGCAGGUCUUUACCUUAUCCGACCUGUACAAGGCUCACAAGCCAUCACCCUUGGCAACCAAUCGGGAACAUCCAACCGUUCAGACUGAUCACCGCCUGCCCAUGUUUGGCUACAGCGUGGAGCAUCUAAAUAUGUUGAUCGUCCCAAUCAUCAAAAAUAAGAAAGAGCCCCUGGGCUCCAUGGGUAAUGACAUCCCCCUGGCCUGUCUGUCCGAGCGCAACCCUCUGGUGUUUGAGUACUUCAAGCAACUGUUUGCCCAGGUUACUAACCCACCCAUUGACCCCAUCAGAGAGCACAUCGUCAUGUCCCUGGCGUGCCCCAUCGGACCGGAGAGCAACAUUCUGGAACCCAGUGAGCUCCAAUGUAAGAGACUGUUCUUGGACACACCCAUCCUGUCUCUGAGCGACCUGGAGGUGAUCAAGGCAACCACAUUCAGAGGUUGGAAGACCAAGACAAUUGACAUUACUUUCCCGAUUGAGUCGGGCUCCUCUGGUCUUGUACCUGCACUGGACAGAGUCUGUAGUGAAUGUUCCGCUGCUGUGGAUGAGGGUUACACACUGCUAGUUCUGUCCGAUAGGAAUGCUGGACACGAGCGGAUACCCGUCAGUUCCCUGUUGGCUCUUGGCGCAACCCACCAUCAUCUCAUCAAGACCCGCCAGCGGCUCCGUGUCGGCCUGGUUGUCGAGACGGGUGAGGCCCGUGAGAUGCAUCACAUGUGUCUCCUCCUGGGCUAUGGGGCUGAUGCCAUCUGCCCCUACCUGGUCUACGAGAGUGUACAUAGCCUGCGAGACCAGCACCUCCUCGGGGAGCAAGGGGAAGCAGGCGACUACACGGACAAGGAGAUCGCAGAGAGGUUCAUGGUUGCCACCGGGAAGGGUAUCGCCAAGGUGAUGGCCAAGAUGGGUAUCUCCACUCUACACAGCUACAAGGGAGCUCAGAUCUUUGAGGCCGUGGGGCUGGGGCAGGAAGUGAUUGACAAGUGUUUCCUCGGCACGGCCUCCAGACUGGGCGGAGCUACGUUUGAAGUUCUUGCGGAAGAGGCUAUCCAGCGCCACUUCAUCGCGUAUGCAGAUCGUGAUGGUGACAUCAUCACCAGUCUAGAGCCGGGACAGUACCACUGGCGCAGCGGGGGAGAAAAACACAUCAAUGACCCACUGAGCGUGGCCAAUCUGCAAGACGCUGCACGCAACAAGAAUCAGACGGCUUACGAGAAAUACCGCGAGUCUCAAGAAGCAGUAAUCAAAGCUUGCACCCUAAGAGGUCAGCUGGUGUUCAAGAAAUCCCCCACUCCUCUCGAACUGUCUCUAGUUGAGGAGGCGGCGAGCAUCGUCAAGCGAUUUGUGACAGGGGCUAUGAGUUUUGGCAGUCUGUCCAUUGAGACACACACAACACUCGCACGAGCCAUGAACAAAAUUGGAGGUAAAAGCAACACGGGGGAGGGCGGGGAACGUGAAGAUCGCUACGUCUGCGAUGACCCCAGCAACAGCACGCGCUCCGCCAUCAAACAGGUCGCAUCGGGACGGUUUGGAGUCACAACCUCCUACCUGGCUCAUGCUGAUGAGCUGCAGAUCAAGAUGGCACAGGGAGCCAAGCCCGGGGAAGGAGGUGAACUACCAGGCCAUAAGGUGUCUGAUGACAUUGCCAAGACCCGCUCCUCGAUUCCAGGGGUGGGGCUAGUCUCCCCGCCCCCUCACCACGACAUCUACUCGAUCGAGGACUUGGCAGAGUUGAUCUACAACUUGAAGUGUGCCAAUCCAGAGGCUCGGAUCAGUGUCAAGCUGGUGUCAGAGGUCGGAGUUGGGGUGGUGGCUGCCGGAGUGGCAAAGGGCCUUGCUGAACACAUCACCAUCUCAGGCCACGAUGGCGGAACGGGAGCCAGCACAUGGACAGGCAUCAAGCAUGCAGGGUUGCCAUGGGAACUAGGCCUGGCCGAGACCCACCAGACACUAGUGAUGAGUGACCUGAGGUCGAGGGUCAAGGUGCAGACAGAUGGACAGCUCCGAACAGGUCGUGAUGUCGUGGUAGCGGCUCUCCUGGGAGCGGAUGAGUUUGCAUUCUCCACGGCUCCGCUCAUCACUCUGGGUUGCAUCAUGAUGAGGAAGUGUCAUCUCAACACCUGCCCCGUUGGCGUGGCGACACAGGAUCCUGAGCUUCGUAAGAAGUUUGAUGGCCAACCGGAACAUGUCAUUAACUACUUCUUCAUGCUCGCCGAGGAAGUCCGCCAGCACAUGGCACACCUGGGCUUCCGUACAUUCCAGGAAAUGAUCGGGCGCUCAGAUAGGCUCGCAGUCGCUGAGCAGCUGGCCAAUGACAAGAGCCGUCUCCUAGACUUUGAGAAGAUCCUUCAGAGGGCAGAUGAGAUGAGGCAGGGUGUCAACAUCACUGGGGGCAGCGUCGCCCAGAAUUUUGAAUUGGAAACCCGACUGGAUGGUAAGUUAAUUGAGGCAGCACAGGACGUUAUCGAUGGCAAGAAAGAUCACGUUUCAUUGGACAUGAAGAUCACCAGUCAGAGCAGAGCAUUUGCCACCACACUGAGUUUCCGCAUCGCCAAAAAGUUUUGUGACCAGGGUUUGCCGGACAAGUCCAUUGAGAUCAGGCUGCGUGGGUCAGCUGGCCAGAGCUUCUGUGCAUUCCUGGCCCAUGGCGUGUACGUAGAACUGGAGGGCGACGCCAAUGACUACGUUGGCAAGGGUUUGUCAGGAGGCACUGUGGUCGUUUUUCCACCCAAGGACAUGCCAGCCGACUUCAAAACGGAAGAAAACAUCAUCGUGGGCAACGUGUGCCUGUACGGAGCAACGAGAGGAACUGCUUACUUCAGGGGCGUGGCAGCAGAGAGAUUCUGUGUCCGAAACUCUGGUGCAACUGCUGUGUGUGAGGGUGUAGGAAAUCAUGGUUGUGAGUACAUGACUGGUGGACGGACUAUCAUUCUGGGCCCAACUGGUUGUAACUUUGCGGCUGGAAUGUCAGGAGGAAUCGCCUAUGUUCUUGAUAGGUUGGGACAGUUUCCUGUCCUCUGUAACAAGGAGUCAGUCACCCUUCGUCCAGUUACCAAGGCGAUAGAUGUUACUUUCAUCCAGGAACAUCUCCAGAAGUUUGUUGAGCUGACCGGGUCAAAGGUCGCUGCUAAGGUCCUCGACAACUGGGAUGAGGAAGUUCAGUAUUUCGUCAAGGUCUUCCCUGAUCAGUACAGAGAUGCCCUUCUCAAAUUGAAAGCCACAAACCUUGCCAGGCAAAGGGAGGUGGAGCCAGCCAGUCAGCCGCUGACCAAUGGAGUCACAAAUAUGAAUGGUCCAACCAAUCAGAAUGGACCUCUGGAAAUCAAUGGGGAGAGACCAACCAAUAAGAAAACAGAACCCAAAGUGAUUGACAUCGAGGAGGCCGUACCCGAUGCCGAGAUGGGAAAAAAGAACCUGGAGCGAGUUCUGGACAAAACAAGGGGUUUUGUGAAAUAUAAGAGGAACAACCAACCUUAUCGGAAAGUAGCAAUGCGAAUGAAGGACUGGGGUGAAAUCUAUGACCACAAAGCCGUAAAGAAGGAACUACGCACCCAAGCAGCAAGAUGUAUGGACUGUGGUACCCCUUUCUGUCAAGGUCACACCGGCUGCCCCCUUGGCAACAUCAUCCCCUCCUGGAAUGACCUCGUCUUCAGAGGUCAGUGGCAGGAUGCCCUCGAGAGGCUGGAGGUCACCAACAACUUCCCAGAAUUCACCGGAAGAUGCUGCCCUGCUCCCUGCGAGGGAGCUUGUGUCCUGGGCAUCAAUGCACCAGCAGUCACCAUCAAGAACAUCGAGAAUGCCAUCAUCGACCAUGCCUUUGAGCAAGGCUGGAUGGAGCCCCGCCCCCCAACCUUCCGCACCGGUAAAACCGUGGCAAUUGUCGGGAGCGGGCCAUCAGGUCUAGCGGCCGCGGCCCAGCUGAAUAAAGCCGGUCACCAAGUGACGGUGUACGAGAGGAAUAACAGGAUUGGUGGUCUGUUGAUGUACGGGAUACCAACGAUGAAGCUCAGCAAGGCAGUCGUUCAGCGUCGUGUCAACCUGAUGCAAGAUGAAGGGAUUCGGUUUGUGACCGAUGCCAACGUGGGCGACACUGUCAGCCCCAAACAGCUCCUACAAGACCAUGAUGCAUUGCUUCUCUGCCUGGGGUCCACACGCCCCCGCGACUUGCCCAUACCUGGCCGUGACCUUGAGGGCAUCCAUUUUGCGAUGGAUUUCCUGGGACGAUGGCAAAAGCGGCAAAUGGGUGACAACAGUGAUUACAUCAAUGCGAAGGGCAAGGACGUCAUCAUCAUCGGUGGAGGCGACACUGGGGUGGAUUGUAUUGGAACGUCACUGCGUAUGGAUGCCAAGAGUAUUACCACCUUUGAAAUCCUCUCACAACCUCCACCCGCGAGGGCCAGGAACAACCCUUGGCCCACCUGGCCUCGGGUCCUGAGGUUUGAUUACGGCCACGAUGAGGUCAAGCUGAAGCAUGGACAUGACCCCAGGAACUUUGAUAUCCUGAGCGAGGAGUUUCUGGAUGAUGGUAAGGGGCGGGUGGCGGGCAUCCGCACCAUCAAGGUAGAGUGGAAACGUGAACCGACAGGUCGCUUUGCCAUGGAGAAGAUCCCAGGCACAGAGAAGACCUUCCAGGCUGAUUUGGUCUUCCUGGCGAUGGGGUUCCUAGGGCCCGAGAACAGCAUCAUUAACCAGCUAGCGUUGGAUCAAGAUCCUAGAGCUAAUAUUGAGACGUCCGCCGGCAAAUAUAGGACCAGCCUUCCAAGGGUUUAUGCAGCUGGAGAUUGUCACCGCGGUCAGUCGCUCGUGGUCCACGCCAUCAAUGAGGGACGGCAGGCAGCACGGGAGAUUGACCUAGACCUGAUGGGUCACACAUCCCUGGCUGGCCCUGGUGGUGUGGUCUUCACCCCUGGCGUCAAAGUGGACAAGACCAAGAUGGCAGCUAUCAAGAACCAACCCAUGGUGGAAUGUGUGGCUUGAAGGGUCAGUGGAGAAUGUAAGGGGGGGUGGGGCAAGAGGAAUGAAUAUUCAUGAGAUGAAGUCAUUGUUGCACGUGAUUGGAUCGAGCCAGGUGUGGACAAUGUCAUUUACAUUACUUUUCCCUUUCCAUUGUAUAUAGCGCCCUCAGGCAGCAGUGCACGAAGGUGAUGGGCCAAACUCAACUUGCUCGUUGUGAAUUUUUUCUUUCCUUCACUGAAAUCAUCUUAGCUGGAUCAGAGAUCAAAUUCACCAUAAGUACAAUAACGCACAAAAUUUCCUAGUGAUUUUCUGUUGUACCUGACCAAGUUGUGGUGAUAUUUUACCCUAGAAAUGACGGUGCUGAUUACACAUUGUUGACGUGGCGCCCUCCUGUGGUGACAACUGAAAAACUGAUCAGGUCUCCAAUGCGUGAGGAAGAAAAUUCUGGUUUAUUCCCGCAGUCUGAAGGUCUGCUGUCCAUUAUUGUGUGGUCAUGUGUACAUAAAGAAAGAGAUGACAGAAUUCUUCUUAAUAUUUCUGCAGCAAUAGUCUAUUUUUAAGUGUUAUGAGUUUAAAUUCCGAGGUGAAACCUUCUUUUGCGUUUUAAUGUUUUCAGCAUAUUUCUCUGCUUGAAAUAACUGUCAGCAAAUUUUGUAGUUGAUUCUUGUUCAUUUUAAAAAUAGAACAUAUUUCUUGUUUCCCAAGUAUUUCAGAUUGAUGAGAGACAGUGAGAUGCAUGAUGGUCUAGAAGGGAUGGGCGGUGCCUCACUCAGAAAGGGGGGGAGGUGAAAUAUUGUCUGGAAGAUCGCAAUGUUUGUUAAGCAGACUUGUGAUGACAUGUUGGAGCUAGAAUUGCAUAUCGAGAGUCUUGCGUCAGCUUCAGGUUUUAGAAACAAAAUAGCUGUUCAUUAUGCCUACAGUAGAGCAUGCGGCUACUGCAUACCAGUUGUCUAUGUGCGCCUGUGCAUACACCUGUCAGCUUGUUUCCAACCACUGUGAAACUCGUGUCACAACUCUCUCUUCACACAGCUCUGAUUGGAGCUGCCUCUAAUCUUUGGUUCGCUGUGUUUAUCAAAUGUUUGUUAUACUUGGGUUCUAUGCUCAAUCAAUGCAAUGCUGAGGAAAAACUUGAAGUAAUUUGUUUCUAAUCUUUAAAUACCUGGAACUAUACUGACAGAUGAGAAGACACAGACCAUGAAUAUCUAGACGUGUCUUCCAAGUAUUCUCUUUUUUCAAUCAAUCAAUCAAUCUUAUUUCUGCCUUCACUUCCAUGAAAUUUCUUUUACUUCUUCAAUACUUGCAAUACUUUCAAACAUUUGAAGUACAGUGGCAUUUGUUUUAAUGCUGUUUCUCUGAUUUAAUUUUGAUGUGGAUGUGUCUGAGUACGAAUAACUUGGACACUUCAUUGGUGAUGAAAACGCUGAAUUUUAAAGAACGUUUAUUGACCUUCCUUUAUGAAUGUAUUUAGAAUUUAUACAUUUCAAUUUAUCAUGUGAUCCUGCUUUCUCUUAAUCAUUACAUAGAAUUUUAAAUGGUUUUUCAAGUUUAUUCACACUGGUGUUGUCAAACAUCCAUUGAACAGUAACGUUUGCUUGACUGAUACUAUGAGAAGUCUUCAAUUCAAAAGGGUAUCAAGAGGCUGAAGUGAGAAAAUGUAGGUAAACAUACAUUAUCUAACCAUUGAUGUUUGAUCUCAGAAUUUCUCGAUAAACAUCGACUUCAUUAGAUAUGCCUUUUCAAAUGUAGAUUUUCAACUAUAUAUUUCCUUGAAAAAGCAGUCUUGCAUACGAAUCUGUACCUUGCCAAAUGGCUCAAACAUUUUAAAUUCCUAAUGCAUGUAAUAGAGUGGUUGAUGGGAUUCACAUUCUAUGAAAGAUGAAUUGUAUGUGAUAUUCUUUACGUACUUCAUUUAUGAAAAUUGCUCAUAUUGUCUUAUGUUUGUCUUGUAACAAUCGUUAGAUACAUGUAGCUGUCUUCAUCACUUAUAUUAGUAUAUCUUACAGGGACUGAAUGCAGGGAAACCUUUUCCCAAUGACUCAAAACAGACAAUACGGUAAUUAGAGUUUAACAUACUGCUUGUUCAAUAUUUCAGUGUGCCUCAUUAAAACAAUCUGGGCACCUUCAAAAUGUACAAUA